AUGGCGACGCUUCAAGGGUCCCAGUCCCCUUGGACUGGAGGAAAACGGAGAAAAUGCAAUGGCAAUAUCGUCACGAAAAUCACAGCUUGUCAAAUUACAGGCCACGGGUUCAACCGAGGCACUCAGCUCCCUGGAAUCCUGCUGGAGGAAAGGGACAGGCGAGUCAAGUGGCAUGGCAUCCCUACCAUGCUGCAGAAACUUCAUGACAGCAGUCAUCCAAACAGCGACCUCUCCCAUGCCCACAGCCUACUCAAGGUAUUGUUGUCCCAACUCUCCAUGGAGGCCAUGUCUUUCGUCACGGAGGACAGAAAGACAGCUCAGGAAUCCACCUUCCCCAAUACGUACACCUUUGAACUGUUUGGGGGCGUGGACCUGCUCGUGGAAAUCUUGAUGAGGCCCACCGUCACUAUGCAUAAUAGUAAAAACCAAAUGAAUGAUGACUUGGUGAAGGACUGCCUUAGUGUGCUUUACAACUGCUGUAUGUGUACGGAGGGGGUUACCAGGAGCCUGGCGGCCCGGGAUGACUUUGUGCUGUUCCUCUUCACCCUGAUGAACAACAAGAAGACCUUCCUGCAGACCGCCACCCUCAUCGAAGACAUCCUGGGGGCCAAAAAGGAGAUGAUCCAGCUGGAGGGCAUCCCCAACCUGUCCGGCCUGGUCCAGAGUUUCGACCAGCAGCAGCUGGCCAACUUCUGCCGCAUCCUGUCCGUCACCAUCUCGGAGCCCGACGUGGGCAACGAUGACAAGCACACCCUGCUGGCCAAGAACGCCCAGCAGAAGAAGAACAACACCCCCUCACGCGCCGAGGUCAACCAGGUGGCGCUGCUGAACAUCCCAGGCUUCAUCGAGCGCCUGUGUAAGCUGGCCACCAGGAAGGUGUCGGAGGCCACGGGGGCCUCCAGCUUCCUGCAGGAGCUGGAGGACUGGUACACGUGGCUGGACAACGCCCUGGUGCUUGACGCCCUCAUGCAGAUGGCCUCAGAGGAGACCGAGCAGAGCAGUACAGAGUCCUCAGACGAGAGCUCCCUCGCCACCAGCCCUCUCCGCCACCACCUGCCCCAGUCCAUGAAGAUCGUCCAUGAGAUCAUGUACAAGGUGGAGGUGCUCUACGUGCUGUGUGUGCUGCUCAUGGGCCGCCAGAGGAACCAGGUACACAAGAUGCUCGCUGAGUUCCGUCUCAUUCCGGGACUCAACAACUUGUUUGACAAGCUCAUCUGGAGGAAGUACACCGCCUCCAACCACGUGGUGCACGGCCAGAACGAGAACUGUGACUGCAGCCCGGAAAUAUCGUUUAAAAUCCAGUUCCUGCGGUUGCUGCAGAGUUUCAGCGAUCACCACGAGAACAAGUACCUGCUGCUGAACAGCCAGGAGCUGAACGAGCUCAGUGCCAUCUCCAUGAAGGCCAACAUCCCCGAGGUAGAGGCCCUGGUCAACACGGACCGCAGCCUGGUGUGUGACGGCAAGAAGGGCCUGCUCACCAGGCUGCUCACCGUCAUGAAGAGGGAGCCCCCAGACUCCUCCUUCAGAUUCUGGCAGGCGAGGGCUGUGGAGAGCUUUCUGCGUGGGGCCACAUCCUACGCAGACCAGAUGUUCCUCUUGAAGAGAGGACUGCUGGAGCACAUCUUGUUCUCCAUCAUCGACAGCGGCUGCACCUCCAGAGACGUUCUGCAGAGCUACUUCGACCUGCUCGGGGAGCUCAUGAAGUUCAACAUCGACGCCUUCAACCGCUUCAACAAAUACGUCAACACGGAGGAGAAGUUCCAGACCUUCCUGACCCAGAUCAACAGCUCCCUGGUGGACUCCAACAUGCUGGUGCGCUGUAUCGUCCUCUCCCUGGACCGCUUCGAGAACCAGACGGAAGACGUCAAAGUGGUGGAGGUCCUGUCUGAGUGCUGCCUGCUGUCCUACAUGGCCCGGGUGGAGAACAGGCUCACCUUCCUCUUCAGACUGGUCAACAUCAUCAACGUCCAGACGCUCACACAGGAGAACGUGAGCUGUCUCAACACCAGCCUGGUCAUCCUGAUGCUGGCCAGGCGGAGGUCCAAGCUGCCCUUCUACCUGGACGCCCUGCGCGAGAAGGAGUACGCCGAGAAGUACCCCGGCUGCCUGCUCAACAACUUCCACAACCUGCUGCGCUUCUGGCAGCGCCACUACCUCAACAAGGACAAGGACAGCACCUGCCUGGAGAACAGCUCCUGCAUCCCCUUCAGCUACUGGAAGGAGACGGUGUCCGUCCUGCUGGGCGUGGACAGGACCUCCUCGUCCGCCAUCGCCAGCUACAUCGACGAGCCCUACAUGGACCUGGACACGGACCCCCUGGAGGAGUGACCAGCAUAGCC